AUGGAAGUGUUUAGCCAUGUGCACACGCUGUUGUCUUUUUUACUUGCAGUUCUUUUUCUUGUGGACUCAGUCAGUUCAGUUGGACUUGGCGAGACAUGCAUAGAUGACGCCGCUUGCACAGGCACAGUACAAGGCUCACUGUGUGAUAUAAACUCGGUGUGUGUUUGUGAUAGGGUCGGCCAUUUUAUUGACGAUUCAAAUGGUGGAUGCGUUUGUGAUGCAGCAAAUCAAUUUGUCUCCGAUGGAGGCGACCUUUGCGUUUGUGAUGCAGCGAAAAAUUUCGCAGAUGAUGGAAAUGGUGGAUGUGCAUGUGAUGCUGCUGGAAAUUACGUAGAUGAUGGCAAUGGAGUAUGUGUGUGUGAUGAGGCUAAUGGCUUUGGGUUACGAGACGACGCUUGUAAAUUAAAAGUUGAUAUUGACGGGGACUGCUCUGAUCCCACCACUACGUUCUGUUCUGAUCCCAAUUCCAACUGUGAUGGCACAUCUUCAAAAUGUGCCUGCAAUGCCGAUUAUGAAAACAAAGAGGGCGUAUGUAAGAGGAGUGUUGCCAUCGGAGGAGAUUGUUCAGAUACUACAACGUUUUGUGUUGAUGCGAACAGCAACUGUGACAACCAGAACACCUGUGAAUGUAACACACAAUACGAACCUAAAGACGAUGUUUGCAAGUUGAGAGUGGUAGCUGGAGGGAAUUGUUCAGAUGCGGCCACCACAUUCUGCGUUGAUGCCAAUAGUAACUGUGACGGUACAGCAUGUGUAUGCAAUGCUGAUUGGGUGAACAGAAAUAGCAUAUGCAAGGAAGAUAAGGCAGUUGGAACUGAAUGUAACACAGUUACAUCAUAUUGUGUCGAUGGUAACUCAUCGUGUUCAGAUGAUGGAACGGGCACAUCAAAAUGUCUAUGUAACGAUGGAUGGGAUCAAAGAGCAGACGGCCAAGGAGGAUUUCUUUGUCAGGUACCAAAGCAGCAUGGUGAAGCAUGUGACACUGGCAAUGCACCCUUUGACUACUGUGUCAAUGACAAUGCUUUAUGUGACUCAGUAAAUGCUAAAUGUGUAUGUGACAGUGCAAAUUCAUGGGAAUGGAGGCCUGCUGCCAAAAAGUGUCAACAACCUAAACUUGUUGGUGAGGCGUGUGAUAAGAAUACUUCUUACUGUACUGACUCUUUCGCAAAGUGUGGGGAUAUAACUAGCUCUGGUUCUGAUUCCUGCGAGUGUGAUGAGGUAAACCUUUGGUUUUCAAAGGACGAGGCUGGUGUCAUUGUGUGUAAGAGGAGAACAUUUGUUGGGAAGAUAUGUGAUGAAAAGUUGAGUUUUUGUGAUGACACAAAUUCAUUAUGUAAAGAUGACGGCUGGGGUAGUAGUGUCAAUCGAUGUAUUUGCAAAGAGGAGUACCUAGCUGUAAAAGCUGAUAAUGGCACAUAUCAAUGCGCUCUGAAAAUUACUGGAGAUAGUUGCCGUCAAUGCGAAGACAACCUAGGUCAGUGUUACGAUACAGAUGGUGAUGAGCAGCGAGAUGGGUGUGUUUGUCCUUCGUCAAGGUCCGGAGAUGACUGCACGAUAUCUCACGUCAGUGUAAAGUGUACGAGGGACAGCAUGAGUGUAUGUUACAAGCCCCAUGAAGGAAUUGAUUUCUCCGGAGGAGCCUCGGUAGGAGCAACGAUGUAUCCUUAUGGCUACAAGACAAUAGAAUGCUUGGCUAUACCAGCAUCUGGAGGUGACGAAUGCGAAGAUGGGAAUCAACUUUUAAAGAUUUCUAUCAAAGAUGUAGACCUGGCUAGAUGUGGAAUAAAAGUUCUUAAUGAACCUGGACUGAAGAAAUAUGAGACUCUUAUUGUGGUCCAAAGAAAUCCAAACUCAAUAGAUUCGAAUGAUAUAUCCUUCCGCACUUACUGCACGUUCGAUGACGUAAAGCAGUUGUCUUUUGAAGGAAUAGGAGUCCUUGGAGUGCCUGGUAAUUCCAACGGCGAUCAUCUUGAAGCAGAUAUCCGCUUGUCGGUUGUUAAUGCCCUCGGUCAAGAAAUUCCAACGGGAGUAGCUCUUCGACUUGGCGAUAGCAUUGAGCUAGUAAUGUCUUUAGCUGAUGAUGGUACCUAUGGAUCUAUGAAGGUAGAGCGAUGUACAAUCUCAAGUGAAUCAGAAAUGCCCAGUACAUCGGCUGUAACUAUUCCAGUCAUCACAGAUGGGUGUCCAACUGAUAAUCAAGAUCAUAUCACCAAUGAAAAUACAUUCAAAAGAAUAGAGGGAUCCACUCAUUACUUGAAAACAGGUCCCAUCGAAGUGUUUAAACCAAGCAGAGGGACGUCUAGUUAUGUUCAUUGCACCGUAAAACUGUGUCUCACUAAGAAUGAAGAACAAUGUAAAAUGACGACCUGUCCAGCAAAGUCAGGCGGCAAUCGGAGAAAACGUGCAGUUGAUAGUGCUAGCGCAACUGUUAAAGUUGGUUGGAAGGUAUUCGGAGAGGGAAUCGCAGAUGGAAACACAGAUAAUACCGUAGAUACCCCUGUGAAUACUGGAACAACCCCAGUCGUUGUGGGUGCCAUAUGUGGCGUCUUGCUCGUAUGCUUAGCUGCCAUACUGGUCCUUGGUGCUAUUGCAAAUAGGAGGCGUAAACGCAAAGCAGUGGACGCCAUGGAAUUGAAGACUACCGCGAGUUCGGGGGCAAUUCCGGAAAAACCCGAGCCACAAGUUGUAGCAUAUGACAACCAUGCUAUGACUCCAAUUGUCAAAAUUCACCGACAUCGAAUUAACGACACACGGAUCAAUCCUGAGAGUUUGGCAUACAAGGAUUUUUAAUUGAUGAUACAUUGACACGAUAAUGUCACGAUAAUGUCACUGUGUGUAUACCGUGUUCAGAUGGAAACUUGAGUUAUGGUUAGUGCAUAUGAACAUAUGCAUGGGUUAAUAAUGCAAUCAGAACAUCAACGAAACUUUUAUAUGAAACCAGUUGGAAACUAUGUACCUGACUUGUGUCUGUAACUCAAUUUUACUUUCAAUGUUUCAAUCUUUUGUAAUUGUAUUUUAUACUCAUAUCUGGUUCUUUUGUCAUUGUUUUGUAUUUAGCGUAAUGGUAAGACUUACAAAAUACUACGAAAAUGCAUUAUUUAAAUAUGUUUGUAAAAUCUGCUCUAUUCCUG